AUCUGGGCAGAGGGAUCCUCCUCAGAUCAUCCCUGAGCUCAUUCAAGCCUGCCUGUAUAUAUAUACGUAUGAAGAGCCUACAGUCUCCAGCCAGCUGUGCACAACUGCACACCACUGUGUUAUCAGGACCAGAUCCUGCAUUGCCUUUACCUAUGGAGCACAGUCUCCCAGCAGCCGCGCACAUCCUGCAUGCCUGCUGCCUGUCAUUGCCUGCCGGGAGGAUUCCAGCCUCAACGUCCAUGGGCAGAGAUCCCCUGAAGUCUGGACACUAGACACAGGCUGUGACAUAGCCCCGGAGGGUGAUUAAUAAUUAAUAAGAGUUGCUAGAUGCAGAAGCUGCCUAACAGUCAGCUCUGAGGUGAUACCUACUGGGCAGCCUACUUAACAAACUACAGGUUGAGCAAAUGAAAAGCAAACAGAAGAGCAAUGAUAACAAGCAGAAGAGAGUGAUCUCAGCUGGAUGCCUUGUGGGGCAGGAGGGGCUGGCACCUGUAUGACCCCUGCUCACUGCACAGUGUGGAGGAGGCUUGGAACAACAUCUCUGAGAUUCCCAGCAUAAUCAACUAUCCUUUGGUCUGGUCUGGCUAUCAGAGAGGACAAUGAUGUAGCAGAGGAGCUCAAACUGCACGUUUGCCUUCUAGCAACUUGAGACCUGUCUUCCAGUGAAACUGCCUGCUAAUGAGUAUGCCAGUGGGAACCUUUGAGAAUUAAACCCAGGAGAUACAGACCUCCCUGUUAGAGAUUUCAAGGCAGCAGGAGACCAGAGCUGCCUUUCUCAACAUAGAGUACAACCCACGAGAUCUGAAGCUGCCUCUGAGAUUCAUCUCAACAUGUUCAGUGAAAAGAGCAGUGCCUCUUUGACCCAGAAACCCAUCCAGAAAAAGACACGACCUCAGGGCCUCCCCUCUCCUGCUCUCUGCUGCGCUUGUGGACUCUGCAUCAUGUUAGCAGGGAUCAACAUCACUUUAGUGGGAGCGUUUGCCUUUGGAACCUUCCUUCCUGUGAACAACCCACCCAUCAUCAUUGGACCCAUCCUGCUGGUGGUGGCCUUCACAUUCUUUGGUGCCUGCUGCAUCUGCAGCCGGAGGCCCCCAGCUCACGGGGCCAGGAAAUCCAAACCAGGUUCCAACAUUGGGCUCAUCAAACCUGGCAACACAGCCUUCGAAAUUGAAACUAGUGAGCACACAGUGCAGGAUACCACUGCUGUUCAGCUCAGCCCUACAAAUUCUCCUGUCUCCUCCAAAAAGUCCACACCAGUCCAUGAGAAUGCGAAGGCUUGCAAGCUCUUCACCAUGGAAGGCAACGGGCCUGUGGCUAAGUACACCACAGGAGGAGAGAUGAUACAGCUCAACUUGCCCAGGGACCUGGCUGCAUCCUAAAGCCAGGCACAGCUUUAAGUUAGCAGCCAGCCAGACACUGCAAUGGGUGGGCUGGAAAUCUGCUGGUCAGAAGGGGGGGAAGGUGCCUGUGAAAAUCCAGAAGACAGACAGGUGUCUCUGAACCAAUUCAAGGGAGGUGGAUGCAGCAGCAGACAAAUUGCAGAAUUUUGCUGAAAGGAACAUGUCCACUACAUGGGUUUGAAAAGAAAAUUGAUAACGAUGUUGCUGUGAAAGGAUGACUCUCCAUUCCUGGGAAUACACCAGCCUUUUUGAGGGAGCAGAUAGGCAGAGGGGAAUCAAUUAAUUUUUCCAGCAUAAUGUGGGAAUGUGGUGACUGGAAGGAGGGGCUACAAGGAGCUGACAAAUGACAGCUCUUUCUUCUCAGAAGUGAAGCAGUUCUUGAACGCAAAAGAAGCAGGAACGCAGUAAAUUACAGCUCGCUGCCAGCCAGUGAAAAGAAGAUUUCAGCAUUUCUAGUUCCAGCCUUUUUUUUUGCAGCAGCAGGGACAAAGCUAUGUGUUUGCUAUUGAAAAAAGCAGUGUGAAGCAAUCCCCCCUGCCUUGAAAAUCCUUGCCCCUUCUUGCCUUCACUGGAGUGACUUUACUACCAGUAAUAAGAGACGAUGAAACACAAGGAUUGCAAUUAGCACUGGUGUUUUCCUGUUGCUUUGUUGAGGCUGGGCUGCAGCUCAGUGCAGGGUGGUAUCCUGAAGGGUCAGUCAGGCUAAAUACUCAGAAACAAGCUCUUGGAGCAACCAGAGAUUGGCAGCAGCCUGUAACUGAAAUGUUUGGGUAAUAGCUAUGUACUGACUGGUAGGUAACUUCCUUUCCACCUUGUAGUGAAAGGUUGGCCUGGGACACGUGUCAGCUUGGAAUAUGGCCUGCAGUGUAGCUAUAUUGGAAGGUGGUGAAUGUAUCUCCUUCUCUGAAGUGGCUGUGAGAUCUGUGACACAGAGUGGGCAAUCAGGAGUGGGUCUCCUUGCUGCAGGAAACUGGCUGUUCGAUUUGCUCAUAGACUUGCAAAGCAAUGGGAUGAGUUUGCAGAAGAGAAUUAAGAGCUGUUCAACACAAAGACGCCACCCCUGCCUUGGAAAGACCCUGCUCUGGUGGAUUGCUGCUGCAGAGGCUUUGUAUUCCUCCCAGGGUGAUCCUGGUCCUGUGCCUUUGCUCUGACUCCCAUAAGGGCAAUUCACAUGUUUUAUAACACGUGGGACCGCUGUGGGGAAGGACAACUGUGCUAGGUAGGGACCAGUGUGUGGGGAGGCAGCAGCAGAAGAUUGGGGGUUGAGUAGGAAUGGCUGUGUAAGUUCCCUGUUUAUAGAAAUUCUGUGUUUGGAGUGGAGCUCUUGAGACUUUGAGUGGCUAGGAAGUCAUGUGGACCUAAGAAUAACCAUACCAGAUCAUUCCAAAAGCUCAGCAUCACAUUUGUCACAUGGCCAAGGGGCAAGGUUUGGAGAUCAACUAGCUUGUAUGGUCCUGCUCCGGCAGGGGGGUUGGACUCCAUGAUCUCUUUGGGUUCCUUCCAACCCCUGACAUCCUGUGAUCCUGUGAGCAGCAUAAAGAUAGGGCAAAACCAGGAUAUUGCUUGAUCUCCCAGCCUCCAAUAUGCUAUUACUUAGGAGCUUCCUAAGUUCAAGCAGUGCCUGUAUUUAGUCACCCUGAAUGGAUUUCUUCUUCAUGAAAUAAUCCAUUUGUGUUUUAAAUGUCCAUCAACUUUCAUUUGUGAUCCUGCAGCAAGGAUUUGCACAGUUUAAUGGGGGUCCAUAAAGUUCUCUGUCUUUUGCUUCUUUUCAUCCUGUGCUCUGUUAAUUCCCUCUGUCCCAGGUUUCCUGGGAUAGAAGGGACAGAGAAGAGUCCAUAUGCCUCCAGCACUCAGGGUUUCUGAGGCCUUUGUCAAGUUUCCUUCAAUCAUCUCCUUCUUAAGGUACUUCACAGCUCUCGUAGCCAGAGGGAGGUAACACUUCACGUUCAGCCCAGCAUCGGCAGUUGGCUAGGCUAAGGACAGCACAGCCUUCAGCUGUUAUCCAGUGGAAAUGGCUGUGUGGAGAGGUGGAGGGCUGAAGGGGAAAUGCUGGAGGAGAAGAUGUGGUGACAUGGCAAAGGCUCUCCUGGACUACCAGCAAUCUUCUGCAUGGCCUGGCUGUGAGUGCUGUGUAAGUUGAAUAUGGCAAGUGGGAUUAUGGGAGAGCUGAAGACAAGAUCCACAGUGCUGCACAAUCCAUGCAUGAGGUGUCCUGGUUGUUCUGGGGAGCCACUCUGCAGCAAAUGGUCCCUUCACAAGCCUGAGCAGGAUGAGAUUGAGCUUUGUUCCUUGAUGAAAGAGAACCAAACACUGAUUCACAUGGGUCCCUUUAGAACUCUCCAAUAGCUUGCUGCCUUGAGCAGCUCUUUCUGCAUCAAGGAAUUAUAUCAGAAUGAUUUUUAGCAGGACUGUUCUGCUGUCUAGGAGGGGCAGAAGCAGCUUUGGGAGAAAGAUGUUUGUUUUGACCUAGGAGGAUGUGGGACCAAAGCCUUUGGUACUGCCUCCAAGUCCUGGGCCAAUCAUUUGAUUGUUCUACUGUUCAGCUCCUUGUCUGUGCAGGAGGGGAAAUACCUGCUAUGGCCUCCACUUAGAGCUGCUUUAAAGAUUAAGGCAUUGCCAAGCAGAAGGCUGGUAUUAGCACACCUGAGUCUAGAGAUUGCUUAAAAAGUGGAUGAGUCUGUGUGGUCUGAUCUCUGCAUGAUCUCCCUAAGAGCUCACUUUCCCAGGUGAGCUCUGCCUCCAGCACUGGCUGCCCCUUGGCACACAGGAGCUGCUGUGCUGAACAAAAAAAAAUGCUCCACCAGUUUUGCCUGCUGGUGAAUGCUGUAGCAAUUAAAUGGAACUGCUUGCUGAUGUAGAUUCCCAGGUUGCUGGCUCAACAGCCUUUUGGAAUAGCACACAACAGGCUGGAAGUCCUUUUGAGUCAUUGCCCAUGUGAAUAUGGGUACUGCAGCACUUUGAGCAUUUGGGGGGAAGGGGAAAGAAAGGCAAAAGCAUGUGGUGACCUUACAACUCCUUCCUCUACUGGAUGAAGGCUUGACAACCAAGUCUGGAGUGUGCAUGCUGGAGUUGAUCCUUGUCAGAGCUGCACUGCAUAGCUACCAGAGAUGGUUAAUGCAAUGGGCGACCCACACAUGGCAAAGGUCCCUUGGACAGGAGUGAAGGCAGACACAGGACUUUGAGAGGCAACUAGGAGUUUAGUGUGGUUCACCCUUGUGUUUGUGGCAUCACAGACAGUACCACACAGGAAAUGCCAACCCAGGCCCGGGACCUGGAGCAUCCUGUGUUGCACAUGCAGGUCAGAGUAAAGCCAGUGUUGCUCUGGGAGUUGAUACCCUUGGGACCUAAAGACCAGCACAGAUGACAUCUGGGCAAGCAAAGGUGUAGGACCAGUGAAAUGCUGAUCGCUUGGCAUGGAGGGUCUGUACACCAAGUUGUGAUCCCAGACAUCUGUCUGCACAGCAAGGUGGACAUGGGAACAUCUACUGCCUUCCAAAGCAUGAAUGCCCUUUUACUGCCUUCUCCUGACUUGGGAUUUCUGUGAGUGUCUCUCUCUCUGUAUGUCUGUCUUUGUGAUUGGCUGUAGCUACUGUUGUGAAUCUUGUGCCUCUUUGUGUAGUGGGAGACAGGGAGAGCUUCUUGUUCCCUAAAUCAAUGUUUCUAGCAUCUCUUUUUUAAAGUUCCUGUUUACACAUCUGCAAUGUGGAUUUUGGAAAAGACAGACCCAUUAAAAUAAUUGCACUCA